GCACAACAUUGUCAGCAAGCUUGAAGCAUGGCGGAAUUCAACUCCACAGUGAAUACCCUUAACUUUUCCUCCACUCCUGGAUAUUCACCCAUCACCUCCUGGUCCACAGGCAUGGCUCCUACAGUGGUGAUGUCCAUCUGCUUCCUGAUGGGAUUCCCUGGAAACAUCGCUGUCAUCAUUCUCAAGCCAAACUGGGAGAACAUGUCCAGUCUGAGCCAGAGUUUGAUGCUUAGUCUGGCUGUGUCAGACCUGCUCUGCAUGCUUACCAUUCCAGUGUGGAUUUACUCUUUCCUCAAUAGCUGGAUGAUAGGUGAGACAUCUUGCAAACUCAUUACAUACUUUGUGUAUUGCACCAUUCAUGUCAGCCUGCUGACUGUGACUCUGCUGAGUGUCCAGCGUUACCUUCAGGUCGUUCACCUGCAAAGGAGUUUAAAUCAGGUUGAAGCAUGGAAGCUGCUGGUUCCACUCUGGCUGGCUGCAAUGAUCCUGUCCACUCCUGAGUUG